AUGCCCAGCUUGGCCAGGAGGGUGGCCUGGGAGGCGCCCACCUUCUCGCCCGGCUUGAUCAGGUGCACGUCCGACACGAUCUCCACGGUGCCCUUGUUGAUCUUGGUGGAGAUGUUCAGGGCCUGGAAGAAGGAGGUCUGGGACGGGUCCAUGCCCGUGUUCCCAGCGUACACCGUCACAUCGUUAGGGGCCACCAGGCCCACGCGUGCCGGGGCGCCAACCUUGAACUCCUGGAUCUUGUCGCGGACCUCGUUCAGGUCGCCCUGGGUGAAGAUCAGGCCCACGUUGCCCACCAGGUGGUCCAGCAGCACCAGCCACUGCUCGUUGCCCGUGCGCUCC